AUGCCGUCAUCUCAUGAUCAUUCAAAGAGAUACGGGUCAUCAUCGUCCGUACUUCUUGGUUACAAGUUCAUCAUAGGAGCUUCCAUCCUAGUUCUUGCAGCUAUUAUCUUCGUAUUUCCAUCAGUAAUGGAUUCAGUAGUUUGGAUACGAGAGGCGCAUACUUCAAGUAGUAGAAGUACUACUUGCGACACCGCUUUGAUUUCUGUUGUAACUGCUGUUCCGGCGAAGCUAUUGGAAAACUCCACCAGUACUGUCGUAACGGAAACAAAUCGAAAGGAAAAGAGUUCUAAGAACUCAAGUUUUGUGGAGUGUGAUAUUUUUGAAGGUAAAUGGGUCAAGGUCAAUGAUCUAAAACCUUAUUAUCCUCCUGGUUCCUGUCCUUACUUGAGAAAAGGACCGUUUGCUUGUUACGAAAAUGGAAGACCGGACAAUCAGUUCCUUCAAUGGCAAUGGCAGUGGCAAUCUCAACAAACCAAUGCCGGAUGCAAUAAUAUACCCAAACCUGGCUUCUUUAAUCCAACUGAUUUUCUCAAUAGACUGAGAGAUAAAAAGUUGGUAUUUGUUGGGGAUUCUCUGAACAGAAAUAUGUAUAUGUCAAUGAUAUGUAUGUUAUGGAAUGCCAUUCAAGAUAAGAGCAGAAUCGUUAAGUUCCCCAAGGAUACAGAAUUCAAAAUACGAGGAGAUUUAGCUCGGCGAUACGAGGACUACAACUGUUCCGUAGUUUUUGUUUGGUCUCCAUAUCUGAUUUACGAAGCUAAUCAAACGAGUCGUGGAAGCAAAAUGUUAUUACAUCAAGGACCUCGAACGCUAAGAUUGGAUCUGAUUGACGAGCUUCCAGCAUCGGUGUAUCGUGAUGCUGACAUUGUAGUUUUUGAUUCGUGGCAUUGGUGGAAUGUUGAUAAGACGAAUCACGGAGAAAACAUAUUUCAAGAAGGUGAUUACUUGCACCCAAAAUUGGAGAUAGACGAGGCAUACAAGAAAGCUCUUACCACUUGGAGGAGAUGGAUUGAUAACAGCAUUGAUUCUACCAGGACCCAGAUCGUUUUCAGAGGAUAUUCCAUAUCCCAUUACGUGGAUGGGAAAUGGAACACUGGUGGAAAAUGCAAUAGAGAAACAGAACCGAUCAUGAGUAACGAAACGUACAUAAAUCCAUCACCUUCACGGGAGAAAAUACUUAGAGACGUACUUGGGGAAUUAAAGUCUCCUGUUUUAUAUCUGAAUGUCAGUAAACUUACAUACUACCGGGCUGAUGCACAUCCUUCAGUAUAUGCAAAAAAUUACAGUGUUCAAGAGAGGAUUGUUGCAUUGGAUCAUCAAGAUUGUAGUCAUUGGUGCUUACCAGGUGUACCAGAUACAUGGAAUGAGUUGUUAUAUGCUUCUCUCUUGAAGGCUGCUAAAGGAUCUUUUGGUCGCCAACCUUUUGGGAAUUCUGUAGGAACUAAAUUUCCUUGUAUAGUCCCAUGAUAUGUUCCAUGGUCUCUCUGAACCUACUUUAUGCACAGGGUCGAUGUU